AUGGAGACUGAAAGUUAUUCUCACUCUACUGGUGUAAAAGACCCUCUUUCUCUUGAAUCUAAACCCAAGAAACCUGCAGGUGGAUGGAGAGCCAUAAAGUACAUUCUUGGAAAUGAAUCGUUCGAGAAACUGGCGUCGAUGAGCCUGGUAGCAAACAUUACAGUGUAUCUGCGUACGAAAUACAACUUGAAUGGCAUACUUCUUGUUAAUGUGGUUACAAUAUGGUCUGGUAGUUCUAAUCUCUCGUCAAUAGCCGGUGCCAUAACCUCCGAUGUGUAUCUUGGAAGAUUUCUCACUCUCCUCAUUGGCACCAUUUGCUCACUUUUGGCAAAUACUUGUUUGAAAGCUAUAACUGAUGAUGCCAUGCCAUCUUCUUCAUAUAUGAAAUCUGAUAGUUUCUGA